GGGGUGAAACUGACUCUCUGCGAAAUCCACCAAACUUUGCCAUUUCUGGCUGGUCGCAGAGCCCCGCGCCCGGCUGGGGAUGAGCUGGAUGGCCAGUCCUUCUGAAGGUGUAGUUCCUCCUGUCAAAGAGAUUUAUUUUACAGAUUCUGAAGCCUGGCUGGCACUCUCCACUGUCCUUGGAUUGACUUUUCCUGACAGUCUAGCCCUAUUUGGGAAAGAAGAAUGAACGUUUAAAACAGUUUUUUAUAUAAGAAGUGCAUUGUUAAGUAUAUGGAGGUCAAUGAUCAGAUCCAUUUUGCCUGCCGCAUGUCGACACCUGCUGCCUCAGUCCUUAAGACUUCACCUUAUCAGGAAGAUAGCUUGCACACUAAUGGGAUCACAAUGAGCUCGGCACAGUUAGGCAGAGAACACUCUUUCUUUCUCUGCACUUCAGCUAUGAACGGUGAACUGAACGUUAAUGGUGUAACCCUUGACUCAGGAGCCAGUACAUCAGAGGCCUUUGCUCCAGUGGCACCAUCCCUUGAGAUGAGAGACUCCCACCCUAAUUCAAUGAGCGGGUAUGACUUUUUCUGGGACUGUGGACAGUACCAGUCUACAAGCGUAGAGAAACUCAAAGAAAAGGUGAUGCUGUCCCAGCUGUCUACUCAAGGACAACAUCAGUCAAAUGGUCCUUUCGAAACUGCUAUCAAAGAAGUCCCAAUUGAACAUUCUACAAUGUCCAAAAACUUGAAGCUGUGCGAUGACAGGACUCACAAUUCUACUGGUUUGCAUUUUGAUCCCUACAGCUUAUGUUCUGCUCAGAAAAUUCAUUUUGAUAUGGUGCAAGAGCCAUCAUCUUUCUCCCCAAAUCAUGAGCUCACUAGGACUAUGUCUGAAGAGGUUCAGUCCUUCACGUAUCCCUAUGAUCACCAGUAUGAACACUGUAACUCUCAGUCAGAUAUUGUAGACCUAGAGGAUGCUGACCUGGACCUCUUCUGCAGCAAAGAUUAUGAAGAAGUCGUGGAGUUGGAGGAUAAAGAGUCAGAGUCCAGAAGGAGCUCCAGCUGCAUCGAGUCAAAGAUGGAGGAACCGAAAAUGCCAUCAAACCAAGACAUCUCUAUCAAUCCGUUCUUUGACUGCGCUGGCGACCACUCUCUAGAAAACUCUAUAACCUUCAACAUUCCACUCAAGGAAUUUCCUCAUGAUCCAGCCUCAGUAGUAGUGAUGCCGUACACCUCAUCCUAUUUCAUGGAGCUCACUGGUGAAUCUGAUAAUGAACUGAACGACUGCCAUGAUGCGGAAGUGAAAAUGUCUCUGAAGCAGGAUGUCUCCGCCUUCUCCCUGUCUGACUCCACACUUGCUCCUUCUCUAGAAAGUUUGAAUCUUUUCAAAUCUUCACUCAAUGAAACUCAGACCUCAGCCUCCCUCCUGAUGACUCCACGCACAUCAUCGCCAGGAAAAGAUUUAACUGUCUCGGAUAGUGAAACCGAUGAGUGCGAGGACCCUGAUGCUGCAGCAGUAAAAAUUCUUUCGAAACUAGUCAUGUCAACUCUCACGCUGUCUGACGCCGAUGCUGAUGGCACUGGUGGCCCUGGUGGCACCAGCACCUGCUCUCUAGAAUCCUCAACACUCUUCAAAACCCCUGUGAAGAAGGCAAAGAAGAAGGCCUCUGUACUGAUGACACCUCCCACACCAUCAUCCUCUGCCACAAGUAAGGGCGAAUGCAUACGUAGAAGAGUAACUGAUGAACGCGAAUUGCGCAUUCCACUGCAAUACGGAUGGAGACGUGAGAUCAGGAUAAAGACUGUCGGGAGCCGCCUGCAUGGGGAAACUACAUAUUACGCCCCCUGUGGAAAGAGGUUACGUCAGUUCCCUGAAGUUAUUAAGUAUCUGGCUCGAAAUGCAGUGACAGAAGUCAGUCGGGAACAUUUCAGUUUCAGCCCCAGGAUGAAUGUGGGAGAGUUUUUUGAAGCACAAGAGUCCUCUGAGGGUGAGCAGUGGUGUAAGCUUAAUGCAGAAGAAAUUCCUUUACGGAUUAAAGCCAUGAUGGGUAGACGAGGGCGGCCGCCAAAUCCUAACAAGCAGCGAUCCCAAAAACAGCCAAAGAUCAAGCGAGGCAAAGGAAGGCCACCAAAGGUUAAGACAGUGACAUUGCUUAACAACACAGAAUUCAAACUCAUGAAAAGAAUUGAAUCCCAAGCUAUUCUGAAUGAAAAAGAGAAACAGAAGCUGAAAGCCUUGCUGAAUAAAUUGAAGCAAAAGGGACAGACCCAACUCAAACUAGAGCAGAAGAUGCAGAAAGCACAAAGGGUAAAAAAAGAUCAGGAGAAGCAGGUGAAGAAGCAGCAGAAACUGAAACGAAAGCAGCAGAGGCUGCAGCUCCGGCAGGAGAUGAAGAAACCUACUGAAGACCUGUAUUUAACUGAUCACAAGCCUUUACCAGAGUUUGUCCCCAUUCCAGGCCUGGUGCUUUCUGGCCGUGCCUUUUCUGACUGUCUCACAGUCAUUGAGUUUUUGCACAAUUAUGGCAAGGUACUUGGUUUCGAUACCAGCAAGGAUGUGCCCAGCUUGAACACACUCCAGGAAGGCUUGCUGAAUGUUGGAGAUAAUAUGGGUGAUAUCCAGGACCUGCUGAUUCGAUUACUCCAGAUUGCAGUGCUCGAUCCAGGAUUGCCUCAUAAAUACCAGUCAGUAACAUUUCUUGGGGAGCGAAUCUGUGACAUUGGAAUUAACCGGGAUAAUGUGUCAGAAGUGCUGCGGAUUUUCCUGGAGGCUUAUGGUGCUGAAGCAGAGCUCUGUGAAGGUCUGAAAAGCAAAUCAUUCCAGGCACAUUGCUCUGAGAAAAAGGCAGCAGUGCUGGCCUUCCUCGUCAAUGAGCUGCUGGGGAGCAGUGUGGUGAUAAGGGAAAUAGAUAAAAACAUAGACCAUCGCGCCAACAUUCGGAAGAACAAGUGGAUUGUGGAUGGAAAACUGAGGAGGUUAAGGAGAGCUCUGGCAAAGAAAAAAGGAAUUCGAGAGCCCGAUGGCAUUGUGGAUGGCAGGAGAAGGAAACAAGGCCUCGGUUCUGAAGAGGGCCACAACAGUACUGCAGCAGGCAACAGGGAAGAGGAGAGUGCAAAGGAGGAAACAAAAGAGAAAUCAGCAGAAAGAAGGACUGAUGGAACUAAUAAGAUGGAUGAUCAUCCUUCUGCCAGUGUGGCUGAAUUAAAUCGUCAGAUUGAGAAACUCAGUAAGCGACAAAGUUUUUUUGCACGGAAGCUGCUUCAAGUCUCCCAGACACUACGUGCCUUGUUAUUGGGGCAGGAUCGUUUCAGGCGUCGCUACUGGGUUUUUCCUCACCUCUGUGGGGUAUUUGUGGAAGGCUCUGAGGGAUCACUAGGUACUGAAGAGUUGGAAGCAGAAAAGAACCAAUGCAAGCACUUUGAGAGUGCUCCAGUUAAAGUGGAGCUGAGCAACGUACCAGAUGAGAAACCAACCACUCUGGGUCAGCCAGCAGAUAACCGGCAGGGAAAGUGUGACACUGAACUGGUCAACCCAGAGAACCCAAUGCGGCAGCGAGUUGCUGCAAAUGCCAAACAUUACGGUGACACUGUACAAGACUCACAUUCUACCAGUCAGACUCAUCAUAACGUUGACCAGUCGGGUGUUUUUUUAGCCUGGCUGAGUGUCCUACAGAACUCGGUGUCAAACCUCUCUCUUCCAACACCUCAGUGCAGUACCAGCAAAGAUGGUCCGAAUGUUAUCUCCCCAGAGAUGCUGCUGGCCAGCAAUCGGAAGCUGUUUGAUCUCAGUGUCCCAAACACAGAGCAAAAGGUUAAAGAAUGCGCCGAGAAGCACGGACAAUGGUUCAGCCUUCUACCCAGAACACCCUGCGAUUCCUCUUCCAUUACCCACCUGCCAUUUUCUUCACAACAGGCAUUGCUGAAUCAAUCCCAGAGACUGGAUUCAGAUCCAAGUCAACUGAAUCACGGUGCACUAAAGCCACUUGCCUCUGCUGCUUUUGCAACGUCACAGUCCACAGACUCACUGGAUGCCACUACUCCUUACAAGACCCCAAUUACAGCAUCUGUUGAAGCCGGCUCCACUGCGACCAAAGCAAAGGUCAAGUCUCAUCAUUGUGACGGUGUUCCUCAGAAUGAAUGCCCGUUGCCACGAAUACCUAGGCGCCGUGGGCGACCAUCAAAAUUGCAGAAAGAGAUUAAUCAGCGGCAACUGAAACCUAUUCCAGCAGAGAUGCAGAAAGACUGGUGGCACAUUGACAACCUGGAGCAGCUAAAUUGUCUGCUCAAAGCACUUCAUCCGCGGGGGGUACGGGAAAAGGCCUUACACAAACAACUCCUCAAACACAUGGACUAUGUCAGUCAAGCUUGUAUGAGAGAGAAAACAGAUUCUAUCUUUCGCAAUAAUGACAAGGAGCAGUCUGUUACCAAGGAAAUGGUGGAGAAGUGGAAGCCAGAGAAGUGGGCAUUUCCAGUUGACCUCGCAGCCCUGCGCUAUCUUGAGGCACUGGAGCAGAGAGUGAUAUCUGCAAGUCUGCAAGUGAAGGGCUGGACCAGUCCAGACACUGACUCCACUCGAGACGACCUGGUGUAUUUUGAUCAGCAGUGGCUCAUCUCAGGCGAUGGGAAAGUGAAAGAUGAGGAGGAGAUGGAGUUAAUGCGGCGGAAUAACAACCCCCUGGAUUUGGCUGUGACACGCUUGGCAACAUUAGAGUUAAAUGUAGAGCGACGAUAUCUGAAAGAACCACUGUGCAUCCCAGUCUCAGGGAAAUUGGAGAAUGCAGGGACAGUGAGUGCUGCUCCUGCGGAGGGCGUUAAUGAUGCUAAACAGCACAGUAAUGAAGGUCACAUCUCUCCUGGACUGAGUGUGUGGCGCGAAACUUUACUGAAAUGUACAAACGCUGCUCAGGUAUUCAUGUGCAUUCAACAACUUGAGAGGGCCAUUGCCUGGGAGAAAUCUAUCAUGAAAGUGUCAUGUCAGAUCUGUCGAAAAGGGGACAAAGAUGAGUUUUUGCUGCUGUGUGACAACUGUGAUCAAGGAUGCCACACCUACUGCCUCAAGCCCAAGAUUGUUGAAAUCCCAGAGGGAGACUGGUUCUGUCCUAUCUGCACUGCCGCGGCGAGCAGCCAGUCUGUCAGGAGUGGAGCACCCCAGAGACAAAGCAAACGGAGAAGAGAUAGAAGGCAUUUUGCAAACAAAGCCAGUGACUUUGAGUAUUUUGACCCACACUGUCCCAGAAAAUACAUGAAAAAACGAAGAAGAAAGUGUCCAAUGCGAGGGGGAUCGCCGGCUGCCAAGAGGAAGAAAAUAUCAACCAGAGACCAAUCCAGUGACCUCAUGCUAUGCGAGGUUAUCCUCAUGGAAAUGGAAGCUCACGAGGAUGCCUGGCCCUUCCUGCAUCCUGUGAACCCACGGCUGGUGCCUGGCUACAGGAAGAUCAUCAAAAGACCCAUGGACUUUUCGACCAUCAGGGGAAAGCUGAUUAGUGGAAAAUACUUGAGCUGUGAGGAGUUUGCUGAAGACACUACCUUGGUAUUCGAUAACUGCAUGACCUUUAAUGAGGAUGACUCAGAGGUUGGACGGGCCGGACACACGAUGAGGAAAUUCUUUGAGAAUCGAUGGGCCGAGUUUUAUCAUUCCAGCUAGAGUCGCCAGGAAAUUGGGGCAAAAUGAGUUCAAGAUGAGGCCCAGCAACAUUGCCCCUCACUGCUGGAGCUCUGUGUACAAUCUGAGCUCGGUGUGAAUUGACAAAAGCCAUCUCUGGCUGUUGGCUGCUCAGGACUGGAAACAAAAUUAGGCUUUGGCAGUUUCGAAUGGCUCGAUGGUGGAUUUGAAUCCACAGUAUUUAAAAAAAAUAACCCUAUCCUUAAUGUGUCAGUCUUAGCUUUUAGAUGCCGAGGUUGAAUAUGUGGGGAAUGGACAUCACAACAAGAGGUGCUCUAUAGACUGCUUGGAUACCAUUAGAUUUUGCUGCAGUUACUGCACUUCAUCAUUAAUUUCAAGAGGGGUGAGAACAAUUGGAAGCAAGCUCUUUCAAACUAGGAAAGGCGCAGGUUAAUUAUGUUCCAUGUUCAUCAAUUAGUGAAGAGUGGGAUUUAAACCUGCAUUCUCAUGCUCCCACUGUGACACCUGAGAGCUUUCACUAAAUUGUUUAAGUAGUCGCCCCCUCAGCCCAAGAGAGUCACUUAUUUCCCCAUUGCAAUGUUUGCUGUGCUGACUCAUGACAGUGACAUGUAUAUUUUAGGAACGUGACAGGUCAGCACUCGUCUAGUCGAGGCUUUUCAAUUGGCCGGGACAAGGCUUUCUGCUUUGAGUAAAUGCAGGGGCUGGGAGAGGUUACAAACCAGAUGAACAAUACAGUGACAGCCAAGGGCUACGUGCCAUACACAUAGUCUGACUCUUAUCUCAUGUUGCCCAAGGUCAUGCAGGAAGCAUUCCACCUCUGUGGAACAGAGUAGCCACAGAAACACUCAUCUUAAAAACAGCAUUCCAGACAUUCUCUGAUUCUUUCUUAUGUUCUGACCCUCUCUUCCUGCCCCAACCUCCCCCACCAAUGAGGCAGAUAUCAUCACACACAAGUGACAUAAACAGUACAAAGAGCUGUGCCUGUAAGAGACGUAGUUACCUGUCGUGUCCAGAUUUCACUAAUAUCUAUUUAUAUUUGUGACAUUUAGUAAAUAAUGUUAUUUAUGUUUUUUUUUAAACUUUGCACUGAGCUACAGAACUGUACUAUAUGCUCAAGGUGGGUGGUGAUGUCUGGAAUGAUAAGUUCCCAGUCCACACAUCACAAUGACACCCGGUAAUUCCAGUUCUAUUGAAAUCCUCGGCCAACCAUAACCAUUUCUGGAAACGUAGUUACAGAUUUAACAAGUGUCAUCUGCCGCAAUAUAGCAAUAAUUUUUUUUCCCAGGGAUGAAUAUGAAUGUCAUAGCUCAUGCUCAAAGUUGGAUAUAUACAGUCAUAGUGAAAUCCAUGUUAUUGUCUUUCACUACAUGCCUCUCACUCCCCUGCCACCCUACCACCUCCGCCCCCCCCACCCCA